AUGGACUCAAUAUUUCAGCAAGGUGAAGGAGAACGUGCCAUCUUUCUCCGACAUAUGAUGCAAUCAUUUGGCUGCACUUAUAUUUGCCUUUGGUCCUUCUUACCCCAUCCAUCCAAAUGCUUAAUAUUUUUGGAUGGUGUGUCCCGCGAACAAAGCAGCCCGGCAAGUUCAUCGUCUGGAAGCAAUCUUUCUGGAAAGCUUUUCGAAGCAUACUGUCAAUCAGUACACUAUGUUGAUAACGGGAGAGUUCCUGGAUUUGCUUUCAAGCAUAAUCUUCCUUUCAUGGAGCUGAAAUUACUAGACCUUUAUAGACUUGCAUCCAAUGAAGUUCAGCUUCAAUUUUAUGGGGCAGCAGGGAUUAAGACUGUCGUGCUUAUGGGGCGCGCGAGGGGAGAGAUCGAGAUUGGCAUGUCCAGUGACGCUCAAGUGGAUUUCGAAAUGGAGAUGAAAAAUCGAUUCCCUCUCGAUUUCUCAAGACGGGUACCCCAGACGACAGAACAAAACCGGGGUUCAUCAUCUUCGUCGUCACCGAGGUCAUUAUCAGUCAAUAGCUCCGAGUACUCGCCUCUACUUUUUAACGUUCCGGCCGCUUCUUUUGUAACACCAGAGGCAUCAAUAGAGCCACUUGUUGAGAACACGAAAUCUCUUGGACUAUUGGCAGUGCCAUCAGCUUCAAUCACAACCAGCCCUCUUCACGAAGCCCUACAUACCUUAAGCCAAAUGCGAAACAUUCAAUUCCCAACCAUAGAGAGUGAAGAUGCAGCAAUGACAAAGGCAAUUCUUGCUGUGUUAUCUUCUCCGGCUACUUCAUCGUUGUCUUCUUAUCAAACAACGCUAAAUAUGCCUCACAUUCCUCCAAUAAUAAGCCAUAAACCUAGUGCAUUUUCAAGUUACAGGCAGGGUUUAUCCCCUAUGUUAAUGCCAACUGCAGCCAGAACCAACAAAAAACAGAAUUUGUUCAGAAGAGCAAUGCUUUUCUUCAGAAACUUGGACAUGAUUCGAAGGCAACAAGAACUGGUUCAAGUUGGAAACCUACCAACGACGAUGCAAUUACACCACAUGAUAUCUGAACGAAGACGACGCGAAAAAUUAAAUGAAAUCUUCCAAAUCCUGAGAUCAUUUCUCCCUCCAGGAUCAAAGAAGGAUAAAGCUUCAGUGCUAAAUAACACAGUCGAAUACUUGAGUUCAUUGAAAAAACAAGUGGAAGAACUUAGCAAGAAAAAGCAGAUAUUGGAGGCUCAGCAUUUACCUCCAAGAUCUGAAGCCACUGGAGAUAAUCUUCAAACGGGAGAUUCUUCAUCAGUUGAAAGGCUGACAAAUGUUCGAAUUACGCAUGUUUCCACUUCAACAUCAGAAUCAAGAAUGUUGGAUGUGAAUGUGACGACAAAUGGAGAAUGCAGCUUGUUAGAUUUGGUUACUCGCAUCAUAGAGUUCUUGAAACCGCAGAAUAAUGUGAGCUUAAUAUCUGUCGAAGCAGACACCAGGCUGAUGGGAGAAUCGACCAACUCAGUACAUGGAAUCAUGUUCAGAUUGAGAAUUGAGGGACAUGAUUUUGACGAGUCUAGUUUCUACGAAGCUCUAAAAAGGGUUGUUGAUGACGUGAUACGGUAA